GUGAAAGACGGUGUACAUUUACUGCACAAAGAGAGACAGGUGUGUUUCAAGACAUAGUAGUGAAUUAGCGGCAGGGAGUCAGAAGUGGUUAAGAGUCUAGUAGGUGUUAUCGGAAAUAAACUGUUUUCUGCAAGGACCGAUACCAUCGGCGAAGAGAAGGGAGAUGGGGGCAGCGGUGGUUGUCCGACUGCUGGCAUGGUGUCUGGUGGCGGCGACGGCGUCUGCGCAAACUGACGGAGCAACAUGGCAGACUCCGAAAUUCAUACAACCACCUGACCACGCAGAUUUCACCUUCACAGAGAAUGAAGAAUCCCCUGGUGGCAUCAUUAUUAAUCUCAACGAACAUGCCACGCCCAUAAUCGCCUUAAUCAACUACGCAGGGACUACAAUGCCGAAAAGCUCAGCGGAGACGGACCUGAAAAUAGUGUAUGCCUGGUCGGCCGCUGAUAGUAUGUAUACCAUGGCGGUGACGGGAUCCUGUGACUAUGACAAUGGUGGCACGAAACAGUUCGAGUGGAAUGUCCAGAUCGGUGAUGAAAAAAAUUCGGUCACGGUCAACCUGGUGAAUAUCAAUGACAAUCCUCCUCAGUUCAUCAACCAAGAAAGAUCCUGCAAGGUCGAAGAAUAUGUUGGUAAAGAGGAAGACUUCGUUGAGGUAAAGACAACCUGCUCUAUCACUGUUCGAGAUGCAGACGGGGAUGUCGACAAGACAGCUAUGACCGUCCUUGAGAAUGGAGAGACCGCUACGGCAUUCGAAGUGAGACAAGAGGGAAGUCCGAAAAAUGGGAAAACUGAACAGGAAUACUUAUUGUAUCUUGUGAAAGGCUUGGACUACGAGGAGUAUGCAGUACAUGUUCUCAACAUACGAGCAAACGAUGGAGUCAAUGAAACGACGAUAUCGUAUGUUGUGGACGUGAUCGACCUCCCUGAUACACCGCCAGUGUGGGAUAGUUUUCUGCCGUCUAUGAGCAUCAAUGAGAAAGACCCUCAAAAUGCGACUGUGGCAGCACACGACGGUGACAUCAGUAUUAACGCCGAUAUCUCUUACAAGCUGGAGGCGAAGAAUGCUGAAUACCAAGACUUAUUCGCGAUUGGAGAGACGGACGGAGUGCUGGCAAUCGGAUGGAUAAAUCGAGACGAGCUGAAGCAGGAAACGUUCGAGGUGCUGCUGACGGCGUACGAGACAGACGAUCCUUCGUCGCUGGUCACACAGGACCUUGUCGUGAUCGUGAAGGACAUCAACGAUAACAUACCUGAUAUCACAGCGACCAACCUCAGCACAGCGGUCUACGAAAGCUACUCUGGUACUUUCGACUUCGGUAUCACCAUCGAAGAUCCAGACCUGGCGGACAACGGGCGCUUCAGCAUCGCUCUGGAAGAAAACGAGUGGAGCGACGCCUUCCUUGUGGUGCCAGCCAGCGGGUACCAGUCGACGAAGGUCACCAUCUCAGUGCUGAACCCUGCGAGCCUGGACUACGAGAACAGCAACUGGAGAACCAUUACACUCACGGUCGUAGCAACGGAGGAGGCAGACAAAACCCACGUCACCACCAGGGAUUUCACCAUCGAGCUCAAAGACACCAACGAUGAAUUUCCAGAAUUUACGACCGAGUCGUUUCAGGCGGCGGUGUCAGAGGGCGCGGACUUAGGUUAUCUCGUCACCACUAUCAGCGCCACCGACAAGGAUGAAGGUGACCAGAUCAGUUACAGGAUGGUCCCAUCGACCCAGCUGCAGGUGGACGAACUCAGUGGAGAGGUGACCGUGAAGCGAACACUGGACUAUGAGAGCACUCCGGAGCUGAUACUGCAGCUGACGGCCACUGAUCUGGCUGACCACCGUGCAUACGCUGAGCUGGUCGUCACCAUCAUCGACGUCAACGACGAAGCUCCUGACAUAGAAGCGGAUCCCUCCAUUACUAAUGUGGCCGAGGUACCUGAGAAAGGUAAGGUCAUAGCACAAAUCACUGCCUCAGACCAAGACACGGAAGCAGUCCUGCAACUCUCCAUCGACUGGAGCGCCUCUUCCGCCACCAAACUCGGUAGAAAAGUGGACGAAGUCGAUCUCUACACAGGCGCCUUCGAAAUUGAGACUAUUGAAGACAAUAAGAAAAAUGUAAUGGCAAACUUAGUUACCACUGGAUCUCCAGAACUGGACUGGGGCAAACUUGACACCAUCUACCUCGUGCUGGUGGCACACGACACAACUACGGAUCAGAAGUAUCUUGAUAACAGCAAGAAAACAGUCCAAAUGACAAUUACCAUCGAUGACAUAAACAACAACGCGCCAGUAUUCAAUGAAGUUGGCACGCUGAGUGUGAAGGAAGAGGAGGCCGACCUCCCGAUCGCAUUCAUAACCGCAGUGGAUGCUGACGGCCCUGGUAACAACGAUGUCACAUACUCCAUUAGCGGUGCGCAGGAGAUGUACGACGGUUAUGUCACUAUAAACAGUUUGACGGGUGAAAUUCGGACAAUCGAGAAAAUAGAUUGCGACAAGGAUGGUUACGCCAACAUUUCAUUGGUCGUCAAAGCCAGUGACGGAGAGCUCGACACCACAAAGACAAUAUCAAUUUCUGUAAUCGACAUCAAUGACAAUGGACCGGUGUUCGAAGACUUCGAUACGUCUGUGUCCAUCCCAGAACGCACCGAUGACGGCACAGAAAUCUUGAAGAUCAUCGCAACCGAUGCUGACAUCACAGAGAAGUUCAACACGAUCAGGUACCAAAUGCAGAACACCGACGACAACCAGCUCUAUUUUGCGGUGGACAGCGUGACUGGCGUCCUGAGUGUGAGGCUAGCCGAGGGAAAGGUGCUCCGUCGAGAAGACAAAGAGACCUUCACCAUCAACAUCGUGGCGCGGGACAACUACAUCGACGGAGUGCCUGGUGAUGGAGACUCCAACUCCAACUCGAUAACAAUAAUCGUGACCCUAGAAGACAUCAACGACAACGCACCAGAAUUCUUAUCACCUGAUGAAGUCAUGGUGGAUGGGUGUUUCGUAUCGGACAUGGGUGAAAUCACUGAGGAGGUGUUGAAGGAUCAAAAUAUUGGAGAAGUAAAAGCGUUAGAUACGGAUGCCGGGGAAAAUGGAACUGUAUCCUACUCCAUCAUAUCCAUCACAGAUAUAAGUACAGGGGAAGAACCAGCACUUUUCACUGUUGAUGAGACCUCUGGAAUAGUGACAGCUGCUGUUGACCUCUUAGACUUGUGGGGCGAGUAUGAGGUGUUAUUCGAGGCAGUUGAUCUUGGGUCACCACCUCUGACUGGCAAUAUCACCUACACCUUUUGUGUUAAAGAUGUAAAUAACCAUAAACCUUCCUUUGUCUACCCAGAAGAUGGAGACACCAUUCGCUUAAGAGAAACACAACGUGUUGGAAGCCGACUUUAUGAUUGGGAAAAUCAACCAUUACCAGAUUUUGAAGUCACAGAUGAGGAUGAUCCAUCAACUGGAAAUGGACAGGUGACAGUUACUGUCACAGGUGGGGCUGAAGAUAUCUUCACAAUAGGUGACAGUAAGGAUAAAAAUAAAUUCCAACUCUUACUCCUACAGCCACUUUCUGACUUCCCCAAAAACACAAGCUUUGAGUUACAACUGACAGCAAUGGAUGGUGGAGUUCCAGUACAAUCAAGAAAUAUAACGUUGCACAUCAAGAUCAUAACUAUUACAGAACAGCCCCCUAUUUUCUCAAAUCCACAGUGGACAACAAGUUUUCCAGAGAAUAGCAGCGGCAUUAACGAGAUCAGAAUAAUACCAGAGGCAACAGAUCCCAACAAUGAAAAUCUUGAUGAAGAUGACCAACAGGCUAUAUACUAUUAUAUUGUUGGUGGAGAUGAGGAUUUGUUUCAGCUGAAUAACACCUCUCGUGAAUUAAAACUGAAUGGUCAAGAAUUAGAUUAUGAAAAUGCUACAAGCCACACCAUAUAUGUCCUAGCAACUAAUAGUGAAAAAAAACCAGAAGAAGACCCUGCUCUUGAGAACAAUGAUUCAGUUCUGAAAUGCAUAAUACAAGUAACAGAUGUAAAUGACAUGCCUCCAGAAUUUGAAAACAAUUUGAUUGCUGGAGGAUUUACUAUUGACUUUGCAGUUGGUACAGUCAUCUUCACUGUUAAGGCCACUGAUCCAGAUCUGAAUGACGUGAUAACUUAUCGCCUGUACGGUGACAUUAGUGCAUCCACUGACAGUCUAACCAGUAUUAAAGAUAAUGCAUUAUUGGUAGAAGAAAAUGGUGAUAUAGUUCUCAAUUUUGAACCACAAGAUGAGACACUGGAUGGAUUCUUUUCAUUUGAAGUACGUGCUAGGGAUUCAUUUAGUCCAGAUGAUGUAUUUGGUCAUUAUGCAGAUGCCGAAGUGCAGGUGCAUGUAAUAUCAAAUAUUCAUCGAGUCACAUUCCAGUUCCUCAACAACAGGACAUAUGUUGAGAGCAGAAGAGAUAUGAUGGAAGACAUUUUCAGUGAUGUAUUCCAGUAUGACUGUGGCAUUGAAAGCACCAAGCAAAGUGUUGAUCCUUCAAGUGGACUGGCACUAGCAGAUUCAACUGAUGUAAUUGCUCAUUUCGUUGAUGCUGUAGGGAAACAUCCAGUUGAGAGAGAUGUAAUCACACGGCAAUUUUAUGAGCAAGACACCUUCAUCCAGCUGCAGUCAAGGUUUUGGAUAGAGCUGAACCUUAACCUUAAGAGUUACCAGGAAGUAGGCAGCAAAGAUGCUACAAACAUAGAAGGCAUUCUAACCAUAAUAUUAAUUGUGGUUUCAGCAGUGCUUGGAACAAUGGUAAUAGUGCUGUUCGUGGCAUUCUUCCUCCGAACAAAAACAUUGAAACGUCGCUUAGAGGCUCUCCAAGAAUUAAAAUUUGGAUCCCAAAAUUCUGGCUUGAAUCGUGUUGGAGUUGCUGUACCUAAUACCAACAAACAUGCAGUAGAAGGGUCAAAUCCUAUGUGGAGAACAGAAGCAGUUAUUGAUUAUGACAAUGUCAGCCAAAGUAGUGGUGAUUCUGAUAUGAUUGGCAUAGAAGACAAUCCUGAGUUUCAGCCCAGUAAGAACAAAUCACAGUUCCUUGAUGGUCCACAGCCAAGAAAACUUACUGGGAUUCUCAACAAAGAAUUCACUUUUCAUCCAGAUGACUCUGACGACAAAUUAAAAACUGAAAGUCAGUACCUAAGCCCUGAUUCUUUAGGUGAAGGACAACAACCAAGAAGAAUUACUGAAACACUUAAUAGCAAUUUUAUUUUGCAAUGUGACAAUGAUGCUAAUGAUCUUAAUCAGAAAACUCAAAGUGUAAAUCCUCUUGCCAAUGGAAAUCUGACAAACACAGAUAAUUAUGAAGGAAAUGACAAUUUUAGUUUCAAGCCAACAGAGUCUGUACCUGUUACACAGUUGUAGAAAGGCUGCCUCAGACACUGUCUCAGGGCAGUACUUAUAUGUUAAGAGUUAUGAUCUUCACUUCAUUUCUUAACUCUAAAUGAUAGUGUGAGAAAUAUGUACUGCAACUUACUUCAUUUAGAGUACAGCUGAGCACUUAAGCUGUUAUGAUUAAUUACAUUUUUUUUCUGUUUAUUCAUGUUUACCUUUAAAUGUCUGUGAUUUUCCUUGGAAUUUGUGAAUUUGCAUGAGACUGACAUUUCAGGUAUCUUGUUGUACUCUUUUUUAUAAUCAAAAGGAAUGUAUUAUAUUAUUAGUGGAGUGUUAAGAUAAAUAUUUUAGUUAGAAAGCUGAACUUCAUACAUUGUGAGUGUAAUAUAGAUAAAUUAGUACAGAACUGCGUAUUUAUGACCAAUGUAUGAAAUUAAAUCCAUAUUUCUUAAAAUAUUUUUAAUAUUGUGAAUAGUUUAAUUAUUUGUUUGCUCACUACCAACUGUGAUAAUUUACCAAAAAUAAAUAGAAAUGAUGUGAUGAAUUAAAGACAUAAACACACAUAAAUUUAAGCUAAAGAGAUGUACUAAUAUAACAGUUGCAACAGCUUUUACCAUUAAUGAGUUUUUCCUAAGACAUUACUGAGAAUCAGUCUGAGUUCAUUAUAAAAAAAGAACAUAUUUGACCUCCUCCUCUCUCUGGCACCUCCCCCUUUAUCUUUUGCCCUUUCCUCAUAACAGGUGGCUCCCUUUCAUACUGGGGUGUAAGCCACCUGC